UCGGGGUCAUCAUCUUUGGGGGAGAGAUUGAAAGAGAGAGGAGAAAGAGAGAGAGGGAGGCGAAGCCAUCAGAAUCGUCAUCAUCUUUAAGAAUGAAUUUGAGAGAGGGUGAAGCCGUCAAGAUCAUCAUCUUCGAGAAAGAUAGAGGACAGAGAGAAAAAAGAGCGAGCAAAGCAUCUACCUAUGGUCAUUAGUAUCGAUACAUUUUAUACUGACUUGACGCAUACUGAAAUUGGGGAAAGGGAGAGCGUGUAAUAACCCAACUGCUAAGCUCAAUGGGGAGCUGGUUCUGAUCGACUUGAUCGGCCUAGAUGGAUAAAUUAAAAAAAAAAAGAAAAAGGAAAGGCAUGUGCUCGGUACGUGCGAUGAGAGAAAAAGAGUUCUGAGAGGCUCCUCCUCGAGUCCAUCUGGCGGAUAGAUUCCGACAUUGAGAUCGAUUCGGGCGCCCUUCUGACUCUAAUCUCAAACACAAUGUACCUGUCAUCAUAUUUGUAUCUAAUAAAAUAUUCGGUUAGAAGAGGAUUCCCCAUCUCCUUCCCUACCCAAGAUUCUAGAGUUUCCAUUCCCCAUUCCGAAAUCCUUCCUCCGAAAAAAUCCCCCCAAAUCUCUCCAUGAAUGCUGCCAUUAUUAGAUCUCGAAGCAUCGGCCACUUCAUGGAACCUCUCGCCAAAGCCCUCCGUUUCCAUUGCCCCCUUCUUCCAUAUCCGAAACUAAUCCGCACCCAACCCGAGGAACCGGUGGCUUCGGAUUGGUCAUCCCCAAUCUCCAACCUUUUGAGCAGAGGAGGAAGCUGGGACAGCCUAAGUUCCAGCUUCGGAUCCACCGAACUAACUCAAUCCCUUGUAGAGAAAGUGCUUCUCGAUCUCAAGGAACCCAUGGAUGCCAAAAAGGCGCUAACUUUCUUCCACUGGGCCUGUCAAUUUAGGAAAUUCCAACACGGGCUCAAGUCUUACUGUCUUAUAGUUCAUAUUCUUGUUCGUGCUGGGCUUCUGAUCCAUGCCCGUGCGCUACUUGAGUCGGCUAUAAGGAAGAACUCGGAAGCUGGGAAUCCAAAUUCUUUAGUUGUUGAGUUGCUUUUGAUCACUCAGGAAGCUGUUCUUCCUGGUCCCCGAGUUUUUGAUCUUUUAGUGCAGACCUACUCAAAGAUGAGGAUGGUUGAGCUCGCAUUUGAUGCUUGCCGAUGCUUGGGAGAUCAUGGGUUCAAUCCGAGUAUCAUUAGUUUCAACACUCUGUUGCAUGUGGCACAGAAAUCCGAUCAAAAUGCAUUGGCCUGGAUGGUGUUUGAGUAUAUGAUUGAGAGGAGACUGUAUCCAAAUCAAACUACAGUCGAGACCAUGAUAAAUGCGAUGUGCAAAGAAGGAGCUUUGCGAAAGAUGAUGACUGUUCUAGAUCGAAUUCAUGGGAAGAGAUGUGCUCCAGGUGUCAUUGUUAAUGCUACGUUGGUUUUUCGGAUGUUUGAGGAGGGUAGAGCUGAAGAAGGGAUGUUGUUGUUGAAGAGAAUGUUGCAGAACAACAUGGUGUUUGAUGAUGUUGCGUAUUCUUUGAUCAUAUUUUCUUACUGCCAGAUGGGUAAAUUGGAUUCAGCCUAUGAGUCACGUAAUGAAAUGGUUGGUAGAGGAUGUAACUUGAAUGCCUUUGUUUAUACGUCGUUUAUCAGUGCUCAUUGUAAGGAGGGAUGCAUCGAAGAGGCUGCUCGAUUGAUGCAAGAGAUGCAGUCCAUGGGCUUGAAGCCAUAUGAAGAGACCUAUAGCUAUCUUAUAGUGGGGUGCACUAGAAUAGGGAGAUUGGAGGAGAGCUUGAAUUAUUAUGAGAGAAUGCUCAAAGAUGGGUUUUUGCCUGCUUGUGAUGCUUGCAAUGAGAUGUUGGGCAAGCUCUGUGAAGCUGGAAAUGUCGAGAAGGCCAAUGAGAUCUUGACUGUUCUGUUAGAUAAAGGAUUUAUUCCUAAUGAAGAGACGUAUUUGAAACUCAUUGAUGGUUAUGGGGAGAACAGAAAUGCUCAAGAUAUUCUCAAAAUUUAUUACGAAAUGGGGCAUAGAGGAAUUAAUCCUGGUCUUGUAGUUUAUGCUUCAUUGGUUCGAAACCUUUGUCGAUGUGGGAUGUUGAAGGAAGCUGAAAAACUUUUAGUUGCUAUGGGUACAAAAUCACUGGAUCCUGCUAGCUGUAUAUAUGAUGCACUGAUAACAGGUUAUUGUGAAAAGAGUAAUACAAAGAGGGGCCUUUAUUUUUACGAUGAGAUGAUUGGGAAAAAGCUCCAACCUUGUCCCAGCAGCUUUAUCCUGUUAGUGAAGAGAAUGCUUGAAGAUAGAUCUGUUCGAUGUAAAAUCGAGGCUUCAGAAAUUCUCAAGAGCUAAUGGUAAACAUCCUGCAUAAUUGUAUGCUAUAUAUUUGGAAAGGGUCCUGCAUAAUUGUAUGGUAUAUUCACAUUUUUGAAGUUUGGCAUAGUGUUGCUGAGUGUGUUUUAAUGUCUUUAUCAAGGAAUUUGGUUAAUCAUCGUUGAGUUAGCAUCAAAACAAAAGCAGUAGAACCUGAAUAGCAGGGCAAGGAGGCAAUGGAUUGAAGGCACCUGACUGAGCAAAAGGACAUUGUUGCUGAAUGCUUGUUAAGAACAUGAGCUUUCCAAUAGUUCCUAAUAUAGGAGAUUCUUAAUGCUUCUUAAGAACAAUCUGGUGGUCAAGAUGGAGAAUGCCAAAACCUUAUGGAUAGAGGGCAGAGAAGGUUCUUUGCACCAGCAGAUGCACAUGCUAUUCACAUGCUGUUCAUUCAUAUGCAUUGAAAAAACCCUGCUUUUUCUUAUGCAGUGGAAUCCGAUGGGGAGCAACACUUGAAAAAUGUAUUAUGGGCUGAUGCCAAGGCUAAGGUGGCAUACACUCAUUUUGGCUAUGUAGUAACCUUUGAUACCACUUAUUUGACUGAUGGGUAUAAGGUGCCAUUUGCUCCUUUUGUAGGAGUUAACCAUCAUGGGCAGUCUAUUUUGCUUGGAUGUGCAUUGGUUGCAGAUCAGAGUACAGCAUCAUUCGUGUGGUUGUUUAAAACAUGGCUUGAUGCGAUGUCAGCCAGGCCUCCAAAAGCAAUAAUUUCUUACUAUAACAAAGAUAUAGCUGCAGCAAUUUCACAGGUAUUCCCUGAGACUCGUCGCCAUUAUUGCCUGUGGCAUAUCCUUAAAAGGGUCCCUGGGAAACUAGGUGAUGUUUGCGAAGCCUGUGAGAACUUUUUGAAAAAACUCAAUAAAUGCAUUUAUGACUCUACAACAGCUGAUGAGUUUGAGAGGAGGUGGUGGAAAUUAAUUCAUCGUUUUGGUCUUGUAAAUGAGGAGUGGCUGCAAAGUUUAUAUGAGGAUCAGCAACAAUGGGUCCCAUUAGGUGUUUUCCUAGCAUUAGGUGUUCUGGAAGUUCCAUCUUUCUUUAUACUGAAACGGUGGACAAAGGAUGCAAAGAGCAGACAUGUUUUGGAUGAAGGCUGCACUGUGCAUGGCGACUGCUCACAAUCUGUUGCACAAUAUUUUAAUGAUAUAUGUGUACGGUCUUUUAAAUUUGCAGAGGAAGCAUCAGUAACAAAGAGGAGUUAUGAUGUUGCAUUACUUGCCCUUCAAGAAGCUUUUACAAGAGUCACCCAUGCAAACAACAGUAUCAGAAAAAGUUGUCAAUGCAAUUAUCCACAUAAUGGAGGUCACUCAAACAAAUAACGUUGGAACAAUGUUAGCUAUCUGUAACCCUCUAGUCUCUAACGUCACUAAUGAGCCAAGCGCGAAGUUUCAGCCUAGAGCUGAGAAUGGCACAAGCAAACAGAACAACGAUGUGUCCGGGAGCUAUGAGCAACUUGGCCACAAUCUUGUUAUGUUCAGAGAGGUUGGCCAUAAUUGUAUUUAUUGAUGUCUUCCAAUCCUUCUUGUGUUGCAUCAUAUAUAGGAUUUACAUAUUCAUGUGCCUUAAAUUUGCCCUUCAAGAAGCUUUUACAAGGAGUCACACAUGCAAACAACAGUGUCAGAAAAAGUUGUCAAUGCAAUUAUCCACAUAAUGGAGGUCAGUCAAACAAAUAACGUUGGAACAAUGUUAGUUAUCUGUAACCCUCUAGUCUCUAACGUCCCUAAUGAGCCAAGCACGAAGUUUCAGCCUAGAGCUGAGAGGCUCAAGCAAACAGAACAACGAUGUGUCCAGGAGCUAUGAGCAACUUGGCCACAAUCUUGUUAUGUUCGGAGAGAGAUUAUCAUUGCCAUUUGGUUCGUUAUCCACCCAGUAUAGUCCCCGUGGCAUUGGCUUCAGCUGCCGAUCCUGCUUAAUGGUGCACCACCUGUUUUAGUAAAACAUGGCUCCUCCAAAGCUUGAUGUUUCAGGAUCGGCUUCUGUUACUAGAGGUUCACAAGAUCCAGCAGGGAAUCCAUCUAAUCUUUUGAUCAGCAGAAAGGUGGUAACCGCACUAAGUGCCCCAAAAUACUCACUGAUGAAGCAGUCCUUAACCGAAAGGAAUGCCAGCUCUCAAACAGGUUGGUCUGGAAAACAUCUUCCGGGAAAAUCAUGAAAUCAUGUCAGUUGUACUAAUCUCUUACUUCGCUAUGAUGCAAGAGGUUGUAUGUAAGAGUACUUUAAUAUAAAGUUAGACUGAGUCCCAGCAAACCAGGGGUAAUUCAAACUAAAUCUACAGGACUACGGUUAUAAUGCAUCAGUUACCUGGUAACGUAUUUUUGUAAGGGAUUUACUUGAGAUAUUUUUCUAUAUAGGCCUGCAUCUAUAUGUAAUAAUCCAAAAGGUAGGUUUGAAUUUAUGGCUGUGCCUCCUAUACUGGCCUAAAUGCAGCUUCUCGUAGUAGAUAUUUUACAUGAAAGACUUGUUUAAAA